ACACUUUGCAGCCAGGGCUCGGUGGUGACUGAGUCCAUCCUGCGGUACCGAGUGAGCGACACCAGCAUCAGCGCCACCGGCAUUGAGCAGCAGCUGACACAAAGGCUGGACAGCCAGAAUAGCUUUGAUGGGCUUCAGCUGGACAGUAUCCGCGCCAACUCUGGCAGCUCUCCCCUGGCCACCUCGGCGCCAGCCCCCCUGGUGCCUGGCUGGGGCAUCGCCCUGCUGGUCCUGGUCUGCAUUGGGCUGGUGCUGAGCAUCGUCAUCUUCAUCCUGCUGAUCAUCUGCUCGUGCCGCAGGAGGAACCGCGGGAAGCUGGAUCUGCUCAGCUCACAUACCUCGUACCAGCCCAGGAGCGAGUACCCCAACUACCACACCUACGGGCGCUUCAGCGCCCCUGACAAGAAGCAGCAUCCCUACAAUGACGUAAGCAGCGGGGCCUGGUCCUGCCCUGGGUGCCCCCUCGCCCAGCGUGUGCCCCAAUGUCUGUCCCCGUACACUGCCUGGGUACACACCUGGACGCCGGUGCCCAGUACCCGGCAGCCCUGCCAGGCACAUGCUGGGGGUGCCAGCGGCAGGUGCUGAGGGUGGAUGGCCCCC